GACUGAAUUUGUACUAUAAUGAUAUAGUAUCAUGCUCCCAAUUCUAAUUUAUUUUGUUUCAACUCCUAAUUUAGAUAUUCGUGCAAAAAAAAAAAUGAUCUGCCUAAUGAUAUUCGUUUUGAUAUACGUUGAAAAAUAAAAUUUCCAAAAACAUAGCAAAAUCAUAUGUUCACGAGUGACGAGUCACGCUCAAAUUCAACAAUUACUAAACUAUAUCAAUAUCAUUCAAUUAUAUACCAUAAUAUACGAACGACUACUCAUGUACUAUCAUAGCUCACAGAAUAAUUUUAUUUUUAUUUUACCGAGUUACUAAACUUAAUCAAUAUUAAAUUUUAUACUAUCAUAAUACUCAACAAUUUCAUGAUAAAACAUUGUCAUGCACUAACUAAAUUAUCUUUAAAAAAAAUUCCAUUUCCGACCAAUUGACCGUUUUCAAAGGUAAUUACAUAAUAAAUAAAUGUGUUCUUUAGGUGCUUAAAACGUCACUAUCUCAGAAUAAAAAAAUUGAUGAUUUUCAGAAUUUAGGAAGCAAAAUGGAGAGCGAGGACUAGGACUAGUCUUUUCUGUUCUUUCGGUCUUCCCUCUCUGGUCUGACGUGAUUCUUCAACUCACACGCUUUUCUCAAUCCAACACAUAUCUCCACUCCUCUGAAUCGAAGUUCCAUUCCGCCAUUGAUAUUUCUCAUCAGUCUUCCUUCCACCGCUUCAUCCCGAACUCCCGGCGGCGCCUCCUAUUCCGUGCUUGCGGAAUCACCCCGAGCGAGCACCCACGCCCGCCAUGAACAAGAGAAGCUUGAACCCCAACCUCAACCUCAAGCUUUCUCUUCCUCCUCCUGAUGAAGUCGCCUUCGCCAAGUUCCUGACGCAAAGUGGCACGUUCAUGGACGGUGAUCUGCUCGUCAAUCGCGACGGAGUUCGAAUCGUCUCUCAAACCGAGCCUGAUGCUCCGCCGCCAAUUCAGCCUGCAGACAAUCAGAUGAGUCUAGCAGAUAUAGACACCAUCAAGGUCAUCGGGAAGGGAAAUGGCGGCAUUGUUCAGCUCGUGCAGCACAAAUGGACCGGCCAGUUCUUCGCGUUAAAGGUUAUACAAAUGAAUAUUGAGGAGUCUGCACGCAAGGCAAUUGCUAAGGAACUGAAAAUCAAUCAAUCGGCACAAUGCCCCCACGUUGUUAUGUGCUAUCAAUCUUUCUAUGAUAAUGGUGCUGUUUCCAUUAUCUUGGAGUACAUGGAUGGUGGUUCCUUAGCAGAUUUUCUAAGAAAAGUUAGAACAAUUCCUGAACCGUACCUUGCUGCUAUCAGUAAGCAGGUACUAAAGGGUUUGUUGUAUCUUCAUCAUGAGAAGCAUGUUAUCCACAGAGACAUGAAGCCCUCCAAUUUGUUAAUAAAUCAUAGAGGAGAAGUCAAAAUCACUGACUUUGGUGUGAGUGCAAUAAUGCUAAGCACUUCAGGACAGGCAAAUACUUUUGUUGGCACGUAUAAUUAUAUGUCGCCUGAGAGAAUUAGUGGAGGAAAAUAUGACUACAAAAGUGAUAUUUGGAGUUUGGGAUUAGUGUUGAUGGAAUGUGCGACAGGUCAAUUUCCAUAUGCACCUCCAGAGCAAGAUGAAGGCUGGGUUAAUGUAUAUGAGCUUAUGGAAGCCAUCGUUGAGCAACCACCACCUCAUUUACCUUCUGAUCAGUUUUCUCCAGAAUUUGGCUCGUUUAUAUCUGCAUGCGUUCAAAAGGACCCAAAAUAUAGACUGUCAGCACUUGAACUUAUGGCACAUCCAUUUAUGAAAUUGUACGAUGAUCUUCAUAUUGAUCUCUCAUCUUACUUCAAGAAUGCUGGCUCUCCUCUUGCGACCUUUUAAGUAUCUCGUAAGUGCAGGACUUGGUCAAUUCUAGCAUAUCAACUGCUUCAUUCUUGCAAUUACACCUAAUUCUUCAGUUUGAUGAAACUGUGACGCCCAGCUGGCCAGUUCGUACACCCGAGCCUUCCCUGAAUCUUUUGAUACUCUUUACUUUCCAUGCUUCCAUUUAUUUUUGUAUUUCCCUCUCUAUUUGAGUUAAUGUUCUUGGAAAUAAAAGCCAAAAUGUACUGAGUAGGGAAUGAGAUAUGUUAACACGGCAAUCAAACAUAUUUAGAAGAUCCAGUUAUCUUUCGUUCGGUGAACCAAAUAUUGUGCAAGUUUAAAUUAGAAAUGAAGGAGAUGUAGACAU